AGUUUUAGGAUAUUCCUUUGGCCAUGAGGGGGUCUAUUCAGUCAGCCCUUGGAGGAGGGGGUGAGCCUUAAAAUUUUAUUUUAGUUCACAGCCCUCACAUGGGUUGACCUGGCAGCUUAUUUCUGUCUUCAGUUUGGUGUCACAGGAUUUAAGCUGUGGUUUGUAAGCUCCCUUGAUUUGAGAGAAGGGCCUGCUAUAUGACAGUCCCCCAAACUUCGAGGGACUUUUUGCAAAACAAAACCCCAGCAUGGAUUUGGCUCUGCCAAACAGAUACGCAACUCAGGGGCUGUUUUCCCACCCCACAGAUACUUAUUAAGCACCUGUUGUAGUGGAAUGACUCUGUGUGGUGUAGGUAGCAGAGCACUGGGCUAAAAGCCAGGAGCUGCAGAAUCAGUUUCUAGGUCUGCACUGCCUUCCCUGUGAUCUCAGACAAGUCCUGCUGCCUCUGUACACUCAUUUUCCACAUUAACAUGUAAGGGACUAAACAGGAUCAGUGAUUUUCAACGUUUUAAUUUUUUAGCACUGACACCCAUUUCUCAAAUAUCUCUCUGAACUCUAAUAUUCAAAAAUAGAUCAAAGUGGAACUGCUCCCCCACUUCUCUUUCGCUUCCUGCCUCUCCCAGACUCCUGGGGUGAAAUUUGUCCAGCCAGGCCCCUAGGGCAGCCCUGCUGCUUUGCCUCUGAUAAGCAGAAGGCAGUUGUUCCCUGGCCUCAGUGGAAUGCAGUUUUGGAUUCUAGAAGCCAGAGACCUGCUACAGAGGUAGUUCUCUGAAAGUAAAUCAGAGAUAUGUAGACCCGGUUUCAAAAUCUGGCUUGACUCCAGAAUGACACUGAGCAAAGUCACUUAACCUCUCAGAGCCUUCAUUUCCUUAUCACUACAAGUUAAGACAGUUCUUGCAAUUAAAUGAGAUAAUAUAAAGUACUUAGUCUGGUGCCCAGCAUGUAACUAAUACACUCAGUAUGUUUUUCUGUUGUUUCUUCCAUCACUCCAGCGACCAAAGCAGAGACAGUAUGGGCUGAGAGACUCCCACUGAAUCAAGUGUUUAUCAUUAUUAUGGGUUUAUCAUUAUAUGAUCAUUUGAUAUGUAUGGCAUGUCAAACCCUGCAUUGGGAGUCUAGAACAAAUUCAAAUUCUGGCUCAGUCACUGGCUGUGCAGUCUUGGGCAGCUGACUUAACCUCUCUGAGCUGGGUUAACUCCUGGCAGACAUGAGAGCAAAAUCUUAAACAAAAUGGGCCGUCAGGGCCUCAGAUCUGCUGAAUGAUUGCUCAUUUGGGGGUUGAGACAUCUUUGGGGAGGCCUGGCCUGCCCCUGUGUUAAGAGAUGAGGCUGGGCCACCCAGGGUGUGGUGGUAGGGCAGGUCCCUAUGUGGGUCCUGAUAACUCCAACCCUGCCAAGGAGGAAGACCAGAUAAAAUGGGUCCCUGAGCUGGUUGGGGGUGUGGGCCAAAGGGGCCUAAGAGACCGGAGAAAGGCAGCACCAGCAUGUCAGAGGAUCUGCCACCUGGAAGCUGACACAGCAGGGUUCUUGUCCUGCUGUUUUACCUUCUUACUCGCUGUGUGGCCUUGGACUGAGCACACAGCAGACGUCCAGGAGCCCUUGAAUCCAGCCAGCUGACUGCCCCGUGCCUGCACCGGCCCACACCAUGCAGCCCCAGUCUGUCCUGCACAGUGGCUACUUCCACCCUCUGCUUCGGACCUGGCAGACAGCCGCCGCCACCCUCGACGCCUCCAACCUCAUCUACCCCAUCUUUGUCACGGAUGUUCCUGAUGAUGUACAGCCAAUCGCCAGCCUCCCAGGAGUGGCCAGGUAUGGUGUGAACCGGCUAGAAGAGAUGCUGAGUCCCCUGGUGGAAGAGGGCCUGUGCUGCGUCCUGGUCUUUGGCGUCCCCAGCAAGGUCCCCAAGGAUGAGCGGGGCUCUGCAGCUGACUCCGAGGAAUCCCCAACUAUUGAGGCGGUCCGACUGUUGAGGAAGACCUUCCCCAGCCUCCUGGUGGCAUGUGACGUCUGCCUGUGCCCCUACACCUCCCAUGGUCACUGCGGGCUCCUGAGUGAAAAUGGAGCAUUCCUGGCCAAGGAGAGCUGCCAGCGGCUGGCAGAGGUGGCCGUGGCCUAUGCCAAGGCAGGAUGUCAGGUGGUAGCCCCGUCGGACAUGAUGGAUGGACGCGUGGGAGCCAUCAAGGAGGCCCUGAUGGCACACGGACUUGGCAACAGGGUAUCGGUGAUGAGCUAUAGUGCCAAAUUUGCUUCCUGUUUCUAUGGACCUUUCCGGGAUGCGGCUCAGUCAAGCCCAGCCUUUGGAGACCGCCGUUGCUACCAGCUGCCCCCAGGGGCACGAGGCCUGGCCCUCCGAGCGGUGGACCGGGAUGUGCGGGAAGGAGCUGACAUGCUCAUGGUGAAGCCGGGAAUGCCCUACCUGGACAUCGUACGGGAGGUGAAGGCCAAGCACCCUGAGCUCCCUCUCGCUGUAUACCACGUCUCUGGAGAGUUUGCCAUGCUGUGGCACGGGGCCCGGGCCGGGGCAUUUGAUCUCAAGGCUGCUGUCCUGGAGGCCAUGACUGCCUUCCGCAGAGCAGGUGCCGACAUCGUCAUCACCUACUACACGCCUCAGCUGCUGCAGUGGCUGAAGGAGAAGUGAUGCAGAGAGUGCAAACACCCAAGGACUAGAGCUUUAAAAAGUUCCCAGGGCCUCCGAGAAGUGAAAACCAAAGUAAACGCUGCUUUUAGAACUGUG